UUCUCGUGUUUGUUUAGGCUGACCUGUGAACCUUGCGCGGGCCCCUGUCCUAAAGCAUGCCAGGGAAAUAAAACGAUUGACUCUGUAACUUCGGCCCAGGCGCUAAGAGGAUGCACCGUCAUCGAGGGCAACAUGGUCAUCAAGAUCCGAGGAGGAACGAACAUMGCGGCCGAGCUGGAGGCCAGCCUUGGACAGAUCGAGGUCAUCAAAGGUUACCUGAGUAUUCGCAGAGCCUACGCGUUGGUCUCCCUCUCCUUCCUGCGAAAGCUACAUACCAUUAAGGGAGAGCAACUUGAAGCAGAUAGCUACGCCUUUUACGCGCUCGACAACCAGAACCUCCGCCAGCUGUGGGAUUGGUCCAAGCACAACCUGACGAUUGAGCGAGGCCGCACGUUCUUCCACUUCAACUCUAAGCUCUGCAUGUCGGAAAUCAGAAAGCUGGAGGAGGUGACGGGAACCAAGGAGCGCAACCAGAAGAACGACAUUGCAGCUCGCACCAACGGAGACCAGGCCUCCUGUGAGAUGCAGCUGCUGAACUUCACGUCUGUCAAGGUCAGGUACAACAUGAUCAUCCUGAAGUGGAAUUCGUUUUGGCCGUCGGACUACAGAGACCUGCUGGGAUUUAUGGUUCUCUACAAAGAGGCCCCGUACAAGAAUGUGACGGAGUUCGACGGACAGGAUGCGUGCGGCUCAAACAGCUGGGUGAUUGCUGACGUUGACCCGCCGCCCCGCGCCAACCAGGAAGAUCCAGGCUACCUCAUCCGGUCGUUGAAACCCUGGACCCAGUAUGCCAUCAUGGUGAGAACCCAGCUGUCUGCGUCCGACGAGCAUCAGGUUCAUGGAGCCAAGAGUAACAUCAUGUAUGUUCGCACGGACGCCUCAAAGCCCUCUGGACCUCUGGACCCCAUCUCAUCCUCGAACUCCUCAUCUCAGAUCAUCUUGAAGUGGAAGCCUCCCACCAGCCCCAACGGCAACAUCACCCACUAUCGGGUCAUCUGUCACAAGCAGGAGGAGGACAGUGACCUCUACAAGUUUGACUACUGCCUGCAAGGAAUGAAGCUGCCGUCCCGCACCCCGACCCACCUCGACAGCGAAGACGAGCAGAAGUGGAACCGAACAGAGGAGCCCAACUCGGGGGGCGGGUGCUGCACUUGCCCAAAGACGAAAAUGGAGAUCGAGAAGCAGCAGAAGGAGAUAGCGUACCGCAAGACCUUUGAGGAUUACCUCCAUAAUGUCGUGUUUGAGAGCAAACAAAGUCGUCCACGACGCUCUGUGGAGAAUCCUGAGCCCGUCGACUCCACUCACUUUUACUCCACAAUGUCCAGUCUGCAAACCACCACUGCCUCGUACAAGGAAGAAGAGAAGGACGAUAAGGUGGUGGAAAAUGUGUUUGGAAGGGAGUCAACGGUCAUAUCCAACCUGCAGCACUUCACCAGCUAUAAGAUAGAGAUCAUAGCCUGCAACCAUCCYRCUGACACCAGCCGCUGCAGCAUGGCCACCUACGUCAGCGCCCGGACCAUGCCGGAGUUAAAAGCAGACGACAUCCCGGGCCCGGUGACCCAUGAGAUUAUGAACGAAGAACCUCCCCAUGUGCUUGUGAAGUGGCACGAGCCUCCAUCGCCUAACGGCCUCAUCAUCCUUUAUGAGGUGUUCUACCGCAAGGUUGGAGACACGGAGCCCCACUCAAUUUGCGUGUCACGGCUGAGCUACGAGAAGUUCGGUGGCACAAAGCUCACCCUGCUGCAGCCUGGGAACUACAGCGUGGUCGUCCGGGCUACGUCGUUGGCUGGAAACGGAUCUUUUACAGAAACCACAUACUUCUUCAUGCCCAGCCCUGAUUCAGGCAUAGCUUUGAUUGUUUCCGCUCCAAUCGUCUCCUCCAUCUUGCUGGUGUUCGUGGGAGUCAUCGCCUUUUAUGUCUUCAAGAAAAAGCAAACUGAAGGUCCAUUAGGAGAUCUCAUCACCUCACCAAAUCCUGAAUAUUUCAGCGCCAAUGACAUGUAUGUUCCCGACGAGUGGGAGGUUCCCCGGGAGAAGAUCACGCUGCUCCGGGAGCUGGGUCAGGGCUCCUUCGGCAUGGUGUACGAGGGAAUCGCUCAGGACAUCGUCAAAGGAGAACCGGAGACGCGYGUCGCCGUCAAAACCGUCAACGAAUCGGCCAGCCUGAGGGAGAGGAUCGAGUUCCUGAACGAAGCGUCGGUCAUGAAGGCCUUCAGCUGUCACCACGUGGUUCGUCUGCUU